CUUUCCUUUUCUUUCUUCUUUUUUCUAUUUGUCUACACCCCAACUUUACAAAUACCUUUAAGCCCUAUAAUGAGACUGUUUAAUCUCCACUAUUUUUAAUUCUUAUUCUUUAUCUUUGUCGCCAGCUGUUCUUUUUUAAUAACCAAAAUGGCCAACUUCCAUUUGCUCAAUGACAUUGUCUUGAUGAUCCUGAACUACAUAGUCCCCAAGCCUGCCACAAAGCACCUGCCACGCGAAUUUGCAGCACCAGCAAGCGUGUGCCAGCAUUGGGACACAGUCGUAAAAUCGGAUAUCCCUGGAAUCAUGAUGCUUGGCGGUCAGAGCCAUCAUACCGGCAUUGUGUGGACAGGCUUUGAAGCCCUGCGCUUCCGAUUUUGCGGAUUUCCAACAGGCUCUCGCGGCUAUGUACCCGACAGUUUUAACGGAAAUGGGAACGACGGCGUUUUGAAGCUUUCUGUGGAUCUGGCCGGUUGGUUUCCAAACGUACUCCAACUCAAUACUAACCUCCCAAUCUCAAUGACGCUGGUGGUGCAUUUACCAGGCUUCUUGUCAAUCGGGUUGCAGCGACUGUGA